CUGCAGAGCGCUAUGUGGUGUCUCUGAAGCUACGUUCCGGAGAAUAGGAAGCGCUUUUACACCCAAGUGAACAUGGUACCCAUCUCCUAUCAUCUUUACUCAAGUAGCUAAUCAUCCAGAUGGCGGAUGAAGUAAUCACGUCCCUCUCAAAUAUGUUUGGGCUCAAGGACUUGACAAAUUAUGUCGGCGAGAUAACAUUCUUCAAAAAGCUCCCCCUUAUGGUGGGAACUAAGCCAGCCGGUGAAGGUGCUGCAGGCGUGGCAGAAGUCCCCGGAGACGGUUUACAAUCAUGCGCGCCGAAAUCGUCGCCGGGGGCUCUGGUGGCGAUAGGUAAUCCAUCCAAACUCAGGCAACAAUCGAUAACCAUACAGGACCCACGCCUUGAGGUAGCGUUACCUCUUUUACUCAAGGAGUGCCAGACUCUUGGCAUGUGGUAUCGCACAUCGAGCCGGAAUUCUACUACAAAGCAAAAAAUAAAGCACGAGGCGAGGUGCAUAUCGCAAACUCUGGGUGCUGGGAUACUUCAGCAUAUCAGUAUGGCCUUCACGUGUGGGCACUUAUGUAUUGAUUACGACGGGCAACUCAGCACUGGUUCUAUAUUGCAAGAGAUAAAUGCACUCCAAACGAAACUCGAUGCAACAGAAAACGAAGCCGAACAACGAGUACUGGAGGAGGACAUCACGGGAAAGAUCCUGUGGUUCUGUUGGCAUGGAAUCUGCUUAGAAGUGCACGAGCUAUUGUCAGAGGUCUUGAACUACAUUCGGAAAGCAGGAGAGGUGUAUGGUUUACUCAAGAUUGGACAAAUUAUUGAACAAGUCAUGCCAGACUUGAAUGGCGACCAAGCUCACUUGCAACGCAUCAUGGCUGAUGCAAGAGCAGGCACGUCGAAGCAUCAGUUGUGGCUUGCUGCGACAGCUCCGCAGCACACCAACUUGCGAGAUAAAACUAUUUCUAGGGACAAACCCACUCGAAACACGGAGGAAACCAACCUGGGUACAAGCUCCCAAAUGUCCCCUACAUCAGCGGAUUUGUGAAUUCUGGGCGCUGGCAAAUGUACUUUUGGCUG